AAACGGGGCUGGGGUAAGGAGUAAGGCAGUGCUGUGAGGUGGAUCCUGCUACUCCCACGGCUGCUAGGUGAUGGGGAGGGAUGCUUCAGUCUGUGCCUCGACUCGAAGGCAUUUUCCAUUUCCUAGUCCCCUCCCGCUCUCCAUCCCUCACCUCUCGCCUCUGGACUUCAGCUCAGGCCCCUAGGGGAGCGUCCCUUGCCGCGGGGUUGACAGCACUUGGGGGCGCAGGGUCCCGGUUCUCUGAGCUCUUGCCCAUCUGUGCGCAGAACCUCGUUCCGGGGCGCCUGGAGCCCGGCGGGCAUUGACGUCAAGCGGCGGCGAAGCGCUGCCUACAGACGGUUGACCCGGACCCUCCUCCACACCCCCUUCCUUCCUUCAUCGCCCCCUCCUUCUUCCCUGCGCCCCGGCUCAGGCUCGCUAUAAAAGGUGGGAGCGCAGGGUGCCCGAGUAGCGCCGAGUUUCAGCACCAUGGAGAGCCCCCGUCUGCGCCUGCUGCCCUUCCUGGGUGCCGCCCUGCUGCUGCUGCUACCUUUGCUGGGCGCCUUAGCCCAGGAGGACGCCGAGCUCCAGCCGCGAGCCCUGGACAUCUACUCCGCCGUGGAGGAUGCCUCCCAUGAGAAGGAGCUGAUUGAAGCGCUGCAGGAAGUUCUGAAGAAGCUCAAGAGUAAACGUAUUCCAAUUUAUGAGAAGAAGUAUGGCCAAGUCCCCAUGUGUGACGCGGGAGAGCAGUGCGCCGUGCGGAAAGGAGCUAGGAUUGGGAAGCUGUGUGACUGUCCCCGAGGAACCUCCUGCAAUUCCUUCCUCCUGAAGUGCUUAUGAGGCACCCACGCUUCUCCAUAAGCCCCCUCCCCACUUUCCCCAGGGGACCACACCUUCAUCCCUGGAGUCUGGCUUUAGCAACAAAGUUUGCAUUUCCCUCUAAGGAAAAGGGGGCUCUCUUCCUGCUGUUUCCAAAUAAAAAGAACACAUUAGAUGUUACUGUGUGAAGGGUAAUGCCUUGUAUGGUGUGGCUAUGUGUACAAAGUAUUCUAUUCUUAUUUUCUCUGUCUGACAAACUUUUAAAAGUGAAUAUUUAAGCAAAGAGGAAGAACUUCACUUUGAAAAUUGUAUUUUUGUAGGUGGCAUGACAGGAUGAAAAUUAGAUCAGGUAAAAUCUUGACAGAUGACAUCACAACCUGGAAAAUAAAUCACCCAAGCAUCACAAAUUGAAGCAUGUACAAAUUAUACAUAAUAAAGUGUUUUUCAUAAUU